AUGAGAUUUUGUGGUGAAAGAGGAGGAUUUAGGUCUGAGGUUCUCUUGGGCAUCAAAGAGGAAGAACUUUCAGAUGAAGAUGAUCCAGAAAAAGCCAUGAACAGAGUGUUUGGAAUACCUAACUUCUGGCUAACUGUUAUGAAGCGUAAAGAUAUACUGGCUGAAUUGAUCACUGAAGAUGACGAGGGGGCCCUCCAAUAUCUUGAAGAUAUAAAGUCGUGUAGACUUGACGAUUCUGGUGGCUUCAUGCUGGAGUUUUUCUUUUCUUAUUCUCCUUCUCCUUAUUUCAAAAACUCUAAGCUAGAAAAAAAAUAUAAGAUUGACAGGGAUGGUCCCGUGUUAAUAAAAGCCAGAGGGACGAAGAUUAACUGGCAUCCAGGAAAGUGCCUGACAAGAAAAGUUCUUCCGAAGAUGGGAAGGAGAAGAUCCAACGAUGAUAAGCCCCUCACAAACACAAGGAAAAGUUUCUUCAACUUUUUCAAUCCUCCCCUUGACCAUGAUGAUGAUGAUGAUGAAGAUGAAGAUGUUGAUGAAGAUGAUGUACCUAUUGAAUUGAUCCGGAAGGAUUACGACAUUGGUUGUGUAAUUCGGGACGAAAUCAUUCCUUUUGCUGUGUCAUGGUUCACGGGGGAGUUUAGAGACAAAGAGCUUUUUGUGAAAUAUAUUAAGAUGGCGAAGUGAUGGGAUGAAGAGGAAAAUAGCAAAAGCAAAAGAGAAUGCUAUGAAAAAGGACACAAUUUAGGGACAUUCUGUUUCAUUCUUGAACUAUAUUACUGUUCUUGGUAACAGUGUUUUGUUGGUGUAAACUGCAGAUUGGUGGCACUUCCUUAGUGCAAGUGCCAGUGGUGUUUUUCUGUGUAUAAAUACUGUACACAUGUGGGGGUUAUUUCGGUCAUUUUUGCUGCUUGGGUUUUCCUAUAUGAUUGUCUUCU